CAAUAACUUACAAUAAACACACAAUUUUGCAAAAUUGUUUUUAAUCGAGUCGGUCUGGUAAUUUUAGUUGCGCUCGGUUGGCAACGCUUGACAGCUGACAGUGAUUUAUUUUCUGGCUUGACGUGUGGUAUCUGAGAUAAAGAAAAAUCGAAUUAGCAUUUUGUGUUGGUGUUGUCGAUUGUGUUCCAACGAAUUAUGUUUACAAUUGAAGACAAUAAACUCGAUUGAAUGUGCAUCGCGGCAGUUUUGGUGUGGCCUUGUUCUGUUCCGUCCCUUUGACACCUUACACACCCAGUACAUCCUUAAAAGUUGCUGUUUAGACAGUUUUGCGGUUUGAUUGAAGUUCUAAGGAAGUUUUGGAAGAAUCAGGUGAAAACCAUGCAGGCGAUAAAAUGUGUCGUAGUAGGCGACGGUGCCGUCGGUAAGACAUGCCUGCUCAUUUCGUACACGACGAACGCGUUUCCGGGCGAGUACAUUCCGACCGUGUUCGACAACUACUCGGCCAACGUGAUGGUGGAUGGCAAGCCCAUCAACCUCGGGCUGUGGGAUACGGCCGGUCAAGAAGAUUACGACAGGCUGAGGCCGCUCUCCUAUCCGCAGACGGACGUCUUCCUGAUCUGCUUCUCGCUGGUCAAUCCGGCCUCGUUCGAGAACGUGCGGGCAAAGUGGUAUCCAGAAGUGAGACAUCACUGUCCCAACACGCCCAUUAUUUUGGUUGGCACCAAACUGGAUUUGCGUGAUGACAGACAAACAAUUGAAAAGCUGAAAGAUAAAAAAUUGUCACCAAUCACUUAUCCACAGGGAUUGGCGAUGGCGAAAGAAAUUAGCGCAGUAAAGUAUUUGGAAUGUUCCGCCUUGACGCAGAAGGGACUUAAGACAGUGUUCGACGAGGCGAUCAGGGCCGUCUUGUGCCCCGUCAUGAUGGUCAAGAAGCCAAAAAAGUGUAGAAUUUUAUAAUCCAAGAAAACUGCCCAUGAUUAAUAUCAAAUUACUUCCUUUUUAAACCAACAACACUAAAAUCGAAAUCUUAUCUCGAACACUCUUGAGGUCGGUGGUUUUGGUAAUAAAUUAAUUGUUUGUUCGCAGAUGUGGUUUAAAAAGGAUGUUUGCACAUUUUUCAAGCAUACAAAAAAUUAAUUGGGAGUGCGACGGUGAUUCACUACUGUUUUUCGCGAGAGGUAACAUUACGUCUGCAUUUAUCUAGGUAACGAGUAAUAAAUAAUAUUAAGGCGCUCGAGAACUUUUGCCAAUCUAUCUACGUGUUCAUAAUAAUUAAUUUUCUUCUAUUAAUUCGUUGUUUUAUCUAUCAGUCUCCUCUGAAAUGUUUAAGUACAAACAUUAUUAUUAUUAUCAUUGAAUUUUGUUGAAUGUAGAUAUAUUAUAUUUUCUAUUUGAAGUUUAUUGUUCGAUUAGUUAAGUGAGGUUAGAGACUGACGGAUCAAAUCAAACCUCAAAAUCAGGUCGCCCAAGCGGCCGCUGCUGCCAACUGACAAAAAUUAAAUGGCACUAAUUCAAAGUAUAGAGAGUUAAUUUACAAGUGUUUAGUUAAGGAGUUACUUUGUUUUACGUGCUCUUCAGGUAGACAAACUUAUCUGGAUCUGCUUGGUGUAAAUAAUCUAGGCUUACAUUUAAAUAUACGGUGGGUGGCCGAAUUAUCAAAGACACUGGCAAUUUAUUUGAAGUUUGGAUGGAUUUAGUGAGUUUUUUAUUUUGUAUAUUUGCCGUUGGUACUAUAUCUUUUUAAAAUGUAGAUUUAAAAAAAAUUAUGGGAUGUUUCAUUGAAUUAAUUACAAAAAAGUAACGUACUAAAUAAAAAACUUAAUUGUCAGUUAUUUUUCUCACUGAAUCAUUCAAACUUCUAAAUUUUAAGAAACUGCUACUGUCCUUAAUAAUAUGGCAACCCACUGUACUAUGCUCCACACCCAAAAGUCCCACCAAGACAUUUGAUCACAAAUUAUUGAGGUAAGUUUAACGCUAAUUUCCUAAAAUAUAUGAUUUUUUAAAAAUUGUUUUUUUCUAAAAAAGUCUUGGCUUUUUAAUAAAAAUUCAUUCUUUGGCCCUCAAAAAUUCAAUUAAGUGCCUUGCGGCAAUUUUUUUUAAAGCUGAGAAUUUUUAAAUUAUAUAUGUCAUUUUCACAAUGAGGUUAUUUUUUGGUUCUUGUUCUUAAUUCUGAUCACAAAUAUGUGUUCAGAGGAAUGACCUUUAGCUUAAUUUAUAUGCUUAUUUUUUGUUUUCAUAUAAUUAAGGUUAUGUAUCUGUCCAAUUAACGCCAAUUUUACCUUUUCAAAAAAUAAUGUAAUGUAUGUACCUAUCCUAAAACAACAUUUUUAGUGUAAAAAAAUCUCAGCUUAAAAAAAAUCAAAUUCAAAAUAAAAAUUGCGAAAAAUCGCAUUUGUAACCUUAAUUGAACUUUUGAGAAUCUGCUUAUAAUUUGGAAUGAAUAUUUUCAUUGCAAAGCUAAGAAUUUUUUAAUUAUUUUUAUUUAAAUGUCAAGGGGGGACUUUUAGUUGUGGGGCACAGUACUUUAUGUUAAUUGUUUAUUAGUAUUUUAAAAUUUUAUUAAUGGAGAAUUCUACUUAUAUUAUAUUGAUUGUAAUUAAUGGAGUUGUCGACGAUACGAUACAUUCUAUAUUUUUAUAAUUGCUCUGCUUAUUUCAAUUACUAUUAUUAUUGUUAUUAUUAUUAUUAUUGUCCAAGCGGUACAGUUUAUACGAAUUUAUUCUUUUCCAAUGUGCAAUAUGGUCUAUAACUGCUUGUUUUUAAGGUGUUGUCUUUUAUUCGCCUCUAAAAUUAUCGUGACGUCAUUAAUUGAUUUAUAAGACGACCUAUUAUAUACAAAUAGGUGCCUUGGCUUUAUUGUUUUUUUUUUAAUUGAAUUAUAUCUGGAACUGAAUUGUGUUAAAUUAUGGACCAUCUUACACAAACAAGUACUAAUUAAAAUACCGUCAAGUCCAUGUGCAUAUUUUGAUGAAUUUUAACUGAGAGUCCUACAAUAUUGCCAACUUUUUAAUUGUACGCCAAUUUAGUGUUAUUCAUGUGAGUUUAACCAUCAUGUUGAUGUUUUAAAAAAUGUACGAUAAGAAAUGACUACAGUGUUGUUUAAAAAUGUCUAUUAUUAUUACUACUAAAAAAAUUAAAUUGAAUUAACAGUAAGUGUAAGAUUGUGUCAUAACGGGACUGUGUGUAUUUUGUAAAUACUAAAUAGGUAAUAAUAUAAGAUUUAUAGAAUAAAAAAAUGUCAACAAAAUGUAUUUGUUUUAUUUUAUUAAUUAAUUAAUUAAUUCAACAUGCAUAACUGGAUAACUUAAAUACUUCAUUGUAUUUCAUUACAAUUCUAAAUCAACUAAUGGUAGAUGUUUUUUAACAAUAAUUAUUACGAAAGUUUUAAAAUUAUUCUGGUACUAUUUUUAUCCAAGUCUCUUCCUCUUCCCCAUCCUCAUUUGGUAUUCUAACUUUUACCAAUUGAAUUGGUCCAUCAGGAGUCUCAAUUAUUUGAGUUUCACCA